UCUCACGAUCCUCAGGCUCCUCAGCCGCUUACAGCAGCUCAUCUGUAGUAGUCCCAGAAGAAGGGAACAAUUUAGAUAUUGUCUUCAGCCCUUGUCCGGGACUUAGACAGUUUUUUUAAGCUUGUAGAAGAGGUGGAGAGAAGUGCUCAUCGUUCCUUUUGCAAUUAGAAGAACGUCCGACAAAAAAGAACAUCAAGAUGAUGGCCGUAGCCGCAGCCCAGAAGAACAGGGAGAUGUUCGCCAUUAAGAAGUCUUACAGCAUUGAGAAUGGGUACCCAGCCAGGAGAAGGUCCUUGGUAGAUGAUGCUCGCUUUGAAACCGUGGUAGUGAAGCAGACCAAGCAAUGCGUCCUCGAAGAGGCCAGGCUCCGCACCAAUGAAAAUGCUGAACCUAUUACUCAACUAGCUCAACACAACAAGCAAGAUGAAAUCAAAAAACCCGUUGAAAUCAAGGAACAACACGUUGAACACAAACGCGCAGAAAUAGACGAAGAGAACAAGGAAAACGUCUGUGAAAAUGUACGAGCACCUCCAGCCCCUACUAAAUCAGACGCCGGAUUGACUGAGGAGGAAGUCAUUCUGAGCAAUGCUGCCAACGAAAGCAAGGAAGCAGCAGAUUCCGCGCAAAGAGCUGCUCUUGUCGUCAAACUUCGAGAGGGUAUUGGCUCUCUGGCAAGGAUCCUCAAGACCGUCGAAGUUAACAAGGGCACUAUCGUUCAUUUGGAGUCAAGGCCUUCCAAGGUGAGCGGUGUCCAAUUUGACGUCUUAAUCAAAGUGGACAUGUCCCGCCAGAACCUUCUUCUCCUUAUCAAGACAUUGAGGCAGAGUUCCUCACUGGGAGGAAUCACUCUCCUCGCUGACAACUCCAUCGAUAUCAAGAACCCAUGGUUUCCAAAACACGCCAGGGAACUCGACAACUGCAAUCACCUGAUGACCAAGUACGAACCAGAAUUGGACAUGAACCAUCCUGGAUUCGCUGACAAAGUUUACAGGGAAAGGCGAAGGGUCAUCGCCAACAUUGCUUUCGAUUACAAAUAUGGUGACCCAAUCCCAAAAAUCGACUACACCCCAGAGGAGACUUCAACCUGGACUGCAGUGUUCAACACUGUCAUGGAACUGAUGCCAAAGCACUUCUGCAGGGAAUACCAAGCAGCUUUUGCCAAGCUUCAGAAUGAAGGAAUCUUCCGUCCAGACAGAAUCCCACAAUUAGAAGAGAUGUCUGCCUUCCUCAAAAAACACACCGGAUUUACGCUAAGACCAGCUGCUGGACUUUUGACAGCUAGAGAUUUCUUGGCAAGUCUCGCUUUCAGGGUCUUCCAGAGCACCCAAUACGUCAGGCAUACAACAACACCAUUCCACACUCCAGAACCUGACUGCAUUCACGAACUUCUGGGACACAUGCCACUGCUUGCCGAUCCAAGCUUUGCGCUAUUCUCCCAGGAAAUAGGACUCGCCUCCCUUGGCGCUUCCGACGAGGAAAUCGAAAAACUUUCUACUGUGUACUGGUUCACCGUUGAAUUCGGUCUCUGCAAGGAGCACGGCAAGGUGAAGGCUUAUGGAGCUGGACUCCUCUCAAGCUACGGCGAACUGCUUCAUGCCGUUUCCGACAAGCCAGAACACAGGCCAUUCGAACCCUCAACCACUGCAGUACAGCCCUACCAAGAUCAGGAAUACCAGCCAAUCUACUUCGUAGCAGAAAGCUUCGAAGAUGCUAAGGAGAAAUUCAGGCGCUGGGUGUCAACCAUGUCCCGACCUUUCGAAGUUCGUUUCAACCCACACACCGAAACUGUUGAGGUUUUGGACUCUGUUGACAGACUUGACAACCUCGUAUCCCAAAUGAACCUCGAAAUGCAACACCUCACUAUUGCUCUUACCAAACUCAGGACAACCUUCGGUUAAGCGACUUCCUCCUAUUAAAUUACCCUGAUAUUUUCAAAUGUAAUGAAACCUAUUUUAGGAUAUUGUAUAUUUUGAAAGCUUAAGUUUAUUUUAUGGUAAAUAAUUAUAUAUUUAUGAUGUAAAUAGAAAAAAAAAUGGAAAACUUUUAUUUAUAUACUUGAAAAAACAAAAAAAAAAUGACUUGUACACCAUAUGUGUUUAUUUCAAGCGAUUGUGUUCUAAUAAGUAUUAUAUAUAUCUUUUACGAACAGUAUUAUUAUAUUUCCAUUAAACGUGAUAUUACAAUGUAUGUUAAAGCUACAGUAUCGUAUAAAAUCUAUUACUAGUAUUGAUGUUUUAAAAUGAAAUUUAUUUAACUGAAAGUUCCUCUCUUCAGAUAUGUGCUAGAAAUUAUUGAACGUAUAACAGAAAUAUUUUUGAAAAAUUUGGUUCUUGUAUCAAAUUUGUAAAUUAUAUUUAUGUUAGAUAUUGUAGAAUAUGUAUUUAUUUUAUUCUGUAGAGAUGCUUCUAUGAUAAAUGUACUUAGCUCAAUGUAGACUAUACAAUUUAGAACUUUACUCUUAAUUUAAUCAUUCACUUUUUGUGGCUGUUGAGUUGAGCCUGUAAAACUAUGCUGUGAGACUAAUAAAUAUAAUGGC